UGAAGGAGUUACAUUCUACAUGAUAUGCAUACAAAUACCACAUAUAUGCAUAGUCAGGCACUUAAUAUAAGUAAAAAUGCCUAUUUGUAUCUCUUAUAUGUUUAAACCAUACAAUUCUGAGAAUAUACACUCAAAAGAAACUCAGUCCUUUAGCCAGUCUCUUCUAUAUACCCGCAUGGCCUUGAUCAACAUCUGCCUAUUCUAUUGUCCACGUGGCGACGCUCAUAUACCUGCUUUUCUGAAAUGGCUUAAGUGAAAUACUUUUAGUGUUGAACGUUCCUUUCAAGUGAAUAUAUGUAUUUAUUGCUAGCGUCUACUAUUACAGUUUGUACCCAUUAAUAUUUUUAAAAAAUGUCACAAUUGUGCUUUAUUUGCAAUAAACUUAUGCAAGUAUCGAAAGAGGUGCUGAGUUUGUUGAUUAUCUGAGAAGUGAAAAGUCUGUAACAGUUCACGUGGAUUGCCGAAAAUUAUACAUCCGGAAAAGUUCAAUUACUGCUAUCAAAAGACAACAUGAGGAUGGACAAGCUAGUACAUAAAAAAAAAGGUUGUAGUGCUAAAUGUGGCUGUAGAAGAAUAGGGUUGUCGUGUUCACCAGCGUGUACUAAUUGCCAAGGCCAGUCUUGCUCGAAUGUUCAAUCGAAUCCUAUAGACGAAGAUUCGUGUGAUAUCGAUGAAGAGAUAGCUGAUUCAUCUUCAGUUGAACAGUUUAUGGGCAUCCAGCAAGAAGAAGAGGAAGAAGAAGAAAUCGAAGAAGACAUGACUGUUGAAGUCGAAUUUAAAGACACCCAUGGGAUCAAUGGGGACUUUUGGCACUUUAUUUCUACUGGUGUACCCAAGGUACAACAUAUAUCACUGGAUAGCAGAUUACGAGGUCUACAACCCAUCACCUCAGUGGCUCCCGAGGGUAACCAAAUGUCGGAAGACGCGGGAGAGUUAGUUCAGGAGGCAUUUGACAGAACUUCCGCUAAAUUACCUCUGCACUCAUAUGACCGGAACGUCCACAGGAACACGCACCGCUGGACACUCUUACGAUAUGAGCCCAUAUUUUCCAUCGUUCUCCACCAAGAAACCAACUUGUUUGUUUUUCCUUUCCACUGGGAACGUUAGUCGAUGCGGACGUAAUUCGUCGAACGAAUUUUUAGUUAGCAAAUAAUUACGAGGUGAACUUUGGGGUAAGUGGAUAGAAGAAGAAAUGUUUGAAAAUCAGCCUAUUAAAUCUACCCUAUUAUCUCGACCAAUAAGAGAAAUUCGAUUUUCACGUUAUCAACGUAAUUAAUUUCACUUGCAGAGCAGGUUGUAUUUUAACCAGUGAUUUCUAUAAUCACGAAUAGACAACGGAUCAAUUUCAGAUUGAUCGACUUUAAUUGAUUUGGAUAUAAAUGUAGUAUUUUAUCUACAGCAGAAAUGAAACAAGGCAUUAAAACAUAAGAGAUUUCUAAAUAAAUUAUUAUAUCAAGACUAGAAAUUCGAGUGACAAGUUGUAGUGGCUACAAAAAGUAUUUGCACAUAUCCUUAUUUUCCAAUGAAACGUCUUCUUUAUUCGUUUCCAUAGUAUCAAAUUUUUAUAAUUAUAUGAAAAUACUAUCUAUCAGAUGAUGCAAAAUUUAACAUACUUAGAUUAAUUAGUAUGCAAAUGUAGCAAUAAACACAAUGAUGUACCAAUACUUUUUACAAUUGUCUUCUCCGAUUUUUAAGUUGACGUUGUAGUAAAAGGUAGUAAUUCUAGUAAAAACUUUGGAAACGUGUUUAAUUAACUUACUUAGAAAUAUACCAACUCACUUAAAAAUCAUUUAUUUUAUUCGAGUGUUUCGAUAAGACACGUAUGGAAAUAUUUAAAGAGCUCCUUUAAAGAUGGAAGUAUAAAUGAUGAAGUCUAUUUCAAAGUAGAGUCGAUAAUGUUAAGGUAUUUGCAGUAGCUGUGACGUUUAAAACUGAAGACAAAUAUUUUUGUCAUGCGCGCACCGGGGCAUGAUCUUAUCCUAACCGGUUUGUUUGACGCGAUCCUCGUGGCUACAACGUUUAGCCGAAUGAGCAUCGUAUGUAAAUGCAAGAACGGAUUCCAGUGGCACAGCACAGCUUGGGUGUAAUCAGGCAAGGGCGUCUCUUGGUCUACAUGGGAUACAAUUAGCGGAAAACACGGCCUAUUGGCUUGUCAGUAUUAAAUCGAUAAUCCACGUGCCGUGUAGCAUGGGAACAUGAAAAGAGGACUGGUCAAUUUGAGCCCCUUAACAGCCCGUAAGUCGUGCAACGGUUACAUCGUCGUCCUCAUGAAUCAAUUUACGAAGGCGUAGAAACCCGAGCUGUGCGACCGAGCAGCGCAACCGUCUAAAUGAGCUUUCAACCUUCCUACUAUAUAUGUAUAGAAUAUACGUAAUAUACUCUUUCAGGACCUACGAUCACCACCAUCAUCAUCGUGGCGAAGCUUCAUCUUUGCGUGACUUUCGAUAUUUCUCGAAUAUGCUUAGGGUAGACUCUUCCCCCUCAAGAAGAACGUAAAGGAUGUUUCAUUAUGAUAUCGUUGAGAAACGAAUACAUAUCUUCUAACUAAUCGUUCUAUUUAGAUUGUGUACGAUGAAACGAAGAUGACGAAAUAAUCGUAUUUUUAUGACAAAAUAUUGGAUAUUCCCUAAGUAUAUGAAUAUUUUGCAUGAUUCGUAGGUGAUACAGUACGUGAAUUUUACAGAAGUGUCCAAAUUAAUGGUGAGUUAGCGGGAAUGUUUACUACCUUUUUGUGGAAUUAUUAGACUAUAAAACUAAAUUACUUACUGAAAAAUAUGGCAAUAAUAUGUUUUACUAUUUAUUAUGUACGUAUCGAUAUUAUUGGAUAUAUACAUCGUUGUAUUAACAUCAGAAGUAUCUAUAUCAUUUUACAAGAUCUUAUCUAAUCUGACCCGAUCCUAUCUAAUGUGAUCUCAUCAAUUAAAGAAUCUAAAGAUAAAGAGUCUUUAACAAAGCUAACAAAGUUGCAUAUUGCCUUUCUAAAAUCGAUUUAAUCGGUUCAUAAUAUAUGUACUAUUAUAUGUAUAACAGUGAUGGCCAUAUACAAUAGUAUCAUUGCACUUUGAUUUAAUGUGCAUAAUUUUAUAAGUAAAAUACAUCUUCUUAAGGAUGCGCUCGUGUUCGGAUACUUUUAAGCGGUAGUGUACAAUCGUACGUCGCGUUUCAAUCGCUUUAUUUCAUUCGUCGUAAUGUAGACGACGUAUUUCUUAUGGUAAAUAGUCGAAUAAAAAAGAUGUUACGGACAAUCGUGGCCAGUUUCUUCUAUCGAUCGGAGAACAAUCGUUAUCGAAAACGUUACAAUUCUCGUAGAUGAUAGAACAAAAUCGUGGAAAAAAAGAUUGUGGACGGGAGGCGAGAAUCUCAAAGAAUCGAGAGGAGCAUUACGUUCUUGUCUAUUGAAAAAAGGUAUGUCAUAAGUGAAUCAUGUGGGAAACGCUAACACGAAUGGACGCCUUUCUCCUUCUUUUUUUUUUUCGUUUGCCUAAUAACGAAGGCUUCAGACUUCAAGAUGACAUUCACCUGAAUGGAUUUCAAAAUUUCAACUGGAUCCGUAAAAAAAUUGGGAACGAGUUUAUUGACACACGCGCCGCCGUGAAGUUGGAGGCCAUUUAAAAAAUAUGCGCGACAAAUAUGUCUCCUCUAUGGUUAUCGUGUCAGUCCGCUCCUCUUUCAAUCGUACAUAGUCUCUUGUCCUCGUUCGAAUGAUGUCCGAUGUUACGAAAGCAAAUUAUUCGACGGAUUUGUUCGUCUUUGUCACUCGUGAAACAAUAUGCGAGAGAAUCUUGUAUCACUCUAUCAAAAUUAUUUUUAUAAUUUUUGUAUCGAGUUUAGCUUCCUGUAGUUGACGUAUCAUUUUAACGUGCAAUUCUGUGGCUCUUUGAAUUGGUUAGUUACUCGGUUACGAUCCCGUGAAAUCGGGACGUCGCGUGUCAUUGCGAUCGGAAAGACUAUUAUGUAUCACUCACAGCGACGAGCUCGCUGGUAAAAAUGUUACCCUAUUCACCUUGGUUGAUCGUUUUUGGUUUUUAAUACGAUCGCACAGGAUUGACCCACUUAACGACCAAUCGAUGCUCCAAUCUUUCAUUACCGCCAAUUUGCUUAA